CAUUGGUGGGAGAGGAAGUGACACAUUGUUACUGUAUGAGGCCCCGCCCACCCCGGCUCCCACGUGCCGCCGCUGUCCCGCCCCCACCAUUGACAGGGUCGGGUCACAUGACCGUCGGUGACAUUAGCAGGCGCCGGCUCCGGGCUCCGGUGUAUCCGGCCCAGCGAUGGGAGAGUGUCCGGCGCUGUUCCAUGAGCGGCAGCGGCUGGAGCUGUGCGCGGUGCAUGCCCUCAACAACCUGCUACAGAGAGCCGAGUACACCCAUCACCGAGCCGAGGAGAUCUGCCGGGGGCUGUCUCCCAACACCGUCAUAAAUCCACAUCGCAGUUUCCUGGGCACCGGUAACUAUGACGUCAACGUUAUCAUGGCAGCUUUGCAGACGCUGGACUAUGCAGCCGUGUGGUGGGAUAAAAGACGGUCUCUGGAGAGUUUGGCAUUAAGUGAGAUUUUUGGCUUUAUCCUAAACAUCCCGUCUCCCAUCUCCCUGGGCUUCCUCUCCCUGCCGAUCACACGCAAGCACUGGAUCGCUGUCCGCCAAAUAAACGGGAUUUACUACAACCUGGACUCCAAGCUGAAGUCUCCGGUGCGACUUGGGGGCCCCAGGGAGCUAAAGGACUUCCUGCAGGACUGCAUUUCCCGGGGCUCCUGCGAGAUCCUGCUAGUGGUGACCAAAGCCGUGGAGGACGCGCGUCUUUGGAUCGAUGAAGAAAGAGCCACGUGAGCUGGCGGUUACUCGGACGCCUCUGCACUCAGCUGCGCUGAACGCCUCACCCAAAGACUGUCAAGUUGUAAUAUUAAUACUGAUUAUUUAUUGGGGCACCCCCCACCCCCUCUUCCAGGUUAGGUUGUCUCCGGGUCAUGGGUCAUAUGUAACCUGGCGUCUUUACCGAUAUGCACUACUAUUGAUGCCUUAAUGCUUGUGGUUUGUUUGUUUUCCUGUUUUUUUUACUGGCGAUGAAGAUUAAUAUGUUACGUGAAACCACUUUUAUGCUAAUUCCAUUAAAGGUUAUUUUAUAUAAUUGA